AUGGGAUCCAACGUUGAGCUGGUAUGGCCAGAGUCAGAGGCAUAUUCCUCACGGGUGAACAACUGCUCACAUGCAAAUUCAUCCCUAGCUGUAAUUCGAGCGAAGUUGAGUGCCGAACAAUUAGAACAAUUCAAGACAUCAUGCUUUGGCCAUCUUCUGAAUAUAGAUAAGAUUCAGUUUAGCGGGCAGAUUGUGCAUGGGGUUGUGUUGCGUAGAGUAGCGGGGCAGGGUGUGAAAGACUUGGAUGGACUGAGUUUCUUAAUAGGGUGCGACGUUGCUCAGUUCACUCGUCAGGAUUUCUGUUUGAUCUCAGGGCUUCGUUUUGGGGAAGUGCCUGAAGUUUCCAGUGGAGAAAGUGAUGAAAUUAGACUUCAGAAAAGAUAUUUUAUAGACGAAGGAAUUACAUGUAAUGCUUUAGAAGAAGCAUUUGUGAGGUGCACAGAGGAAGAUGACGUCUACAAGCUAGCUCUUGUUUACUUUGCUGAGUUAGUGGUUUUGGGAAGGGACAAACAUUUGAACAUCAAUCUAAAUUACCUGACCCUUGUAGAGGACUUGGAUGCGUUCAACAGGUUUCCAUGGGGUUCGGUGUCGUUUGACAAAACCCAAGACAGUCUGUUUUCUGCACCAACAAAGUAUGUGAAAAGCUUUGAAAAUGAAGAGGGAAGAGGGAAGGGGAAAUGUAAGGUAACCGGAACAAGCCGGAGAAAUGAGAAGGGCAAGAAGGAUAACCAUGGUGAAGUGCAAAGGGGUGGCUGGAGUUUUAAAGGUUUCACGUAUGCUUUCCAGAUUUGGGUAUAUGAAUUAAUUCCUAGAAUGGUGGACCUGAAUUACUGCAAGGUUGUUGAUCCGACAGCUCUCCCGCGUAUUUUGCGAUGGAGAACUACUACGUCUGUUCCCGAGAUGAGAAAGUUGAACAAUUAUUUUUUCCAGAGCAAAGAGUCAGUUCAGUUGCGGGCGCUAUGUCCAAGUGAAGAGGAAAUGAGACAACCAUAUUGGAGUUGGCCACAGGGUCGCCCUGCUGUUGUCUCGGCAGAGUCAAUUCCUUCUUCAUGUGCUGACCUUGAUGAGUUGAACAAGGCGGUAAGCUUGUUGAGGUCCGAGUUGUUUCAAGUAAAGCGGGAAAAGGACGUCCUUGAGUUAAAGGGAUAUGAGGAAGUGGAUGGCAUGCAAUGGGAUGAAGGGCCAAGUAAUAGAAAUGAAGGAGAGGCAAAUGAAGAGGAGGACAUUGAAGGGGGUGAAGGGCCAAAUAACAGAAAUGAGGGAGAGGACAAGGAAGAGGAGGGGAUUGAAAGGGGUGAAGGGGCAAGUAAGACAAAUGAGGGAGAGGAAAAGGAAGAGGAGGGGAUUGAAGGGGGUGAAGUGCCAAGUAAGAGAAAUGAGGGAGAGGAAAAGGAAGAGAAGGGGAUUGAAGGAGGCCAAGUGCAAAGAAAACCAAGGGAGGUAGAGGAAGCUCAAAGGAAAAGAAGUGAGGGAGAGCAAGUGAAAAUAAAAAGCAGCAAAGGAGAGGAAGCGCAAAGAAAGAGCAUUGAGGGAGAGGAAGAACUGCAAAGAAAAAGCAGUGAGGGAGAGGAUCCGAAAAAAAAAAAAGAAGGGCAAGGAAGUGAAAAGACAGAGAAGUGA